AUGAUACGUUGUCCAUGUCCGAAGUGUGGUUUCCGCCUCUUACAAGAUAAGGAGGAUGCGUUCGAUCACUUGGUGAUCAACCCUUUCCCGUCUACUUACACAUUUUGGAUCCAUCACGGUGAGAGACGCGAGGUCGAGCCCUCUUCUGACGGACAAGAAGAUCAAUCUGAACAACAUUUCAACGCCCCGAUGCUUGAUAUGGUCCACGAUGCAUUCAACUUCUCAGGACUUCCCGGUCCCGAAGAAGACUCGGAGAAUGAAUCGGACGGCGGCGCUAUGGAUGAGUUGCCUAACUUAUACAAUGAACCUAGUCGAGAGACCCGCAACUUUCAUGACCUACUCGAAGACGGGGAGCAGGAGUUAUACUCAGGAUGUACAAAGUUUUCUAAGUUGUCUUUCUUGGUGAGGCUCUAUCACAAUAAGUCCAUGUGCGGAGUGAGCGAUAAAGCCUUCGAAAUGAUAUUGGAGUUGCUCGCGGACGCGUUUGAGCAUGCCCGGAUUCCAUCCACUGUGCACGAUGCCAAAAAAGUCAUAAGAAGACUCGGUCUCAAAUACAAGAAGAUAGAUGCAUGUCCAAAUGACUGCAUGCUAUACCAGGGCAACGACCAAGAGCUGACCAAAUGCAAGCAGUGUGGGACAUCAAGAUGGAAGCAUAAGACUAAGAAGAACUCUAGGGUAAGGAUCAAGACGGUUGUUAAGAAGAACGGCAAACCACAAGCGGCGAAGAUUCUUCGUUACUUCCCCCUUAUUCCACGAUUGCGGAGGUUAUAUAUGUCUAGUAAGACAGCCGUUGACAUGCUGUGGCAUAAGAAAGGUCCUAACUCUGAUGGUAUGUAUAGGCAUCCAAGGGAUGCCGAGGCAUGGAAGUCAUUUGACGUACGAUAUCUCGACUUCUCUCGUGAUCCACGUAGUGUUUGCUUAGCAUUAGCUAGCGAUGGCUUUAACCCUUUUGGGAACAUGAGCUCGAAGUACUCAAUUUGGCCAGUGGUUCUUAUCCCGUAUAACAUGCUGCCCUGGAUUUGCAUGAAACCCACUUCGUUCAUCCUCUCUAUGAUUAUUGCUGGUCCUAAAAUGCCUGGAAAUGACAUAGACGUGUACGUAGAGCCGUUGAUCAAUGAGUUGAAGCAAUUAUGGAGGGGUGUUGAAACUUAUGAUGCAGUCGAGAAAAAAACCUUCAAGAUGCAAGCUGUGUUGAUGUGGACAAUCAGUGAUUUUUCAGGCUUGGGGAACUUAUCUGGUGGAACACGUACGGUGGGAGAGCUUGUCCUGCGUGCAAUUUGGAUGCUGAAACUAACCGCCUUACACACAGCCAUAAAUGGUGUUUAUGUGUACUAA